AUGUCUGGAGCCUCCCGGAGCCAUGGGGACAUGGACAUCCUGGAGCAACCGUUCUUCAGGCUGCUGAGCCUGCGCAAGCUGGGCCUGAGCGACAAUGAAAUCCAGAGACUCCCCCCCGAGGUUGCCAACUUCAUGCAGCUGGUGGAACUGGACAUCUCCCGUAACGACAUUCCAGAAAUUCCCGAAAGCAUCAAAUUCUGCAAAUCCUUAGAGAUCGCAGACUUCAGCGGGAACCCUCUCUCCAGGCUCCCUGAGGGCUUCACGCAGCUGCGGAGCCUGGGCCACCUGGCCCUCAACGAUGUGUCCCUGCAGAGCCUCCCCAGCGACAUUGGGAACUUGGCAAACCUGGUGACCUUGGAGCUGCGUGAGAACCUCCUCAAGACUCUCCCCACUUCACUCUCAUUCCUCGUCAAGUUAGAGCAGUUGGAUCUUGGUGGCAAUGACCUGGAAGUACUGCCGGACACGCUGGGAGCGCUGCCAAACCUGCGCGAGCUCUGGCUGGACCGGAACCAACUCUCGACCCUGCCUCCCGAGCUGGGCAACCUGCGCCGCUUGGUCUGUCUGGAUGUGUCAGAAAACAAGUUGGAGCAGUUGCCCGAUGAGGUCAGUGGGCUGGUAGCACUGACAGACCUGCUGCUGUCGCAGAACCUGCUGGAAUGCAUUCCAGAUGGGAUUGGUCAACUGAAGCAGCUCUCCAUCCUGAAGGUGGACCAGAAUCGGCUGACAGAGGUGACAGAGUCGAUUGGAGACUGUGAAAAUCUGUCAGAACUCAUCUUGACAGAGAACAUGCUGACAAGCGGCCCUGGUUGUCCCUGGCUCUGUGUGGAGCUUGUUCGACCCUUGGCAACGGCCUGGAGCGAGCGGCAGAUUCACUGGGGCCAUCCUGUUCAGUCGCUGCAGUACAAAGCAGCCUUCUGCAAACGGCCUCUCGGCUCCGGCACGGGGGGCUCUGACCAGCUGCUGCCUCUUUCCAAGUGUGAGAACUGCACCAGACUGCAGAACUUGCCAUUUGCUUUGACAAAUCUUAACCUGAAAGCCCUCUGGCUGGCAGAAAAUCAAUCCCAGCCCAUGCUGAAAUUCCAGACAGAGGAUGAUGAAAAGACGGGAGAAAAAGUUCUCACGUGUUACCUGCUUCCGCAGCAGCCCUCUCCCAGCCUAGAGAAUCUUUUGCAGAACAGUGUGGAUGAGAGCUGGACGGACACGAACUUAAACAGAGUCAGUGUGAUUCAGUUCCUGGAUGAGCCCAAAAUGGAUGAUGAUGAUGAGUCCGGAGCUGAGAGAAGGGGCCUGCAGCGCCGAGCAACCCCACACCCCAGCGAGCUGAAGGUCAUGAAGAAGGUGAUUGAAGUGCGGCGCAAUGAGGGGUCUGCAGCAAAGCCUGACGCAGACCUCAACUCUCCGAAGGAGAAGAGACUGAGCGGCAUGUCGAACCGCAGCGAGGACUCGCACCUUUCCAACAGCACGGCCUCUGCGGAGCCUCGGGGAGAGGAGCAGGGGGAGGAGGGGGAGAGGAACUGGAUGAACAGGCAGGGGCCUGAGGUGCAAGAGCUGGAGAAGGAAGUAAAGCCAAGACCUGACGAGGAGCGUAAAGAAGCAGCUGACCAAGAGGAGGAAGAUGCAGAGGUGGAAUACAAUGAGCCCACUGUACACUUUGCUGAGGACACACUGAUACGGAGUGAGGAUGAGGAUGAAGAUGAAGAAAGACCAUUCCCAAUGGAGAAACAGAGGCUCAUCCGCAAGGACACACCCCAUUAUAAGAAACACUUUAAGAUAACUAAACUGCCCAAGCCAGAGGCAGUGGUGGCACUCCUGCAGGGGCUGAACAGUGAUGGGGUCCCCAAAGAGGAAGAGGAGUUAGGAGGCUGCAAUAACAACACAGAGCCUGAGGACCAGGAGGAAGCUUGGGAUGAGGAUGACAUCAAGAAUGGAGCUUUAUCCACUCAGCCCUCAGUGAAGGGGGUGUCGUUUGAUCAAGCCAAUAAUCUGCUGAUUGAGCCUGCUCGCAUUGAGGAGGAAGAGGUCUCACUGUCUAUCUUAACU